AUGUCUGAUUUGAAUCAAUAUGUCAAUCAGGUCAGAUCACCAACUGCUCAAUCACAGGUUUGGAAAGAUGAAUGUUGCUACUCAUUCGACAAACAGGAAUCACAAGAAGGAUUGUUUGUAGACUUGUACAGCUUCUAUGCAGUGUCAAAGGCAUUCUUACCAUUGCAUUAUGAAAAGACAAAGCAUCCUGUAUACUUGAAUAUUAGACGUGUUGUCAAACCAAAGAGUCCAAGACAACCGAUGGAUGAGGAUAUUGCCAAUCGUCCACCAAAGAAGUUGGCCAUUGGAAUGGAGGGUGGCUUCAACGACGAGGAUGAGGUCCAGUACGAAGAGCGCUACGCAAUCUUUGUCUACCCACAGGGCCGCUUCUACGAGCUGACCGACCCCGCCCUGCCACCCGCCAUCCUCAAGGCGGCCGAGGACGUCAAGGCGGCCAACUCACAGUCGCGCAAGGAAGAGGUCGUCGGCUGGUCCGCCGAGCAGGUGUUCCCAUCCAAGUAUGCCGACUCGCUCGUGCAGCUGGACAAUGGCGUCAAGGUGCCGCCCUCAGGCUGGAAGUGUGACGUCGUGGGCUGCGACCGUGCAGAGAGCAACCUGUGGCUGAACCUCACCGAUGGCCACAUUGGCUGUGGCAGGAAGUAUGUUGAUGGCUCGGGAGGCAAUGGCCACGCCCUGAAGCAUUACGACGAGACCCUCUAUCCACUGUCCGUCAAGCUGGGCACCAUCACAAAGGAGGGCACUGCCGACGUCUACUCAUACCCCGAGGACGAGAUGGUGGCCGAUCCCAAGCUGGCCGCACAUCUUGCACACUUUGGCAUAAACAUAUUCAUGAUGAGCAAGACCGAGCAGUCGAUGGCUGAGCUCGAGCUGGAUCGCAAUCUAAACUUUGAGUUUGGCAAGAUCCAAGAGCGAGGCAAGGACCUCAAGGCGGCCUUUGGUCGUGGAAAGACUGGAAUUGAGAAUUUAGGCAAUACUUGUUACAUGUCGUCUGUCCUUCAGAUGUUGUUUGCGACUCCACAUUUCCAGAGACGUUACCUUAGUCAUCGCGAUCACACAAACAAAGAGAUCACUGCAGAUCCAUUCAAUUCAUUCGAGAUUCAAAUGUCAAAGCUCGCACAUGGAUUGGAGUCUGGUGAAUACUCAAAGCCAGAGGAUGGCAAUCAACCAAAGAUUGAACAGGAACAGAUAAAGGCUUCUCAAGUUGGAAUCACACCAAAGAUGUUCAAGAGUUUGGUAGGCAAGGCAUCACCAAUCUUUGCGACAUACCAACAACAGGAUGCUUUGGAGUUCUUCCAAUUUAUGCUCCAACAUAUUGAGAGAAAUGAAAAGAGUCGUCCAAGUUGGAUCAAACAGGAGGACCCGACAAAGGCCUUCACCUAUGUGCUGGAGGAGCGCAUCCAGUGUGGUGUGAGCAACAAGGUCAAGUACACAAGGAGAGUUGAAAAUGUACUGUCCCUCGCCGUGCCUCUGGAGGCAGCCACCAACAAGGAGGCAGUGGCUCACUACCAGGCACUGGUCGUUGCCAAUGGUGGAAAGCCACCAGCAGACAUUGAUGAGGUACGUCCCAUCAUUCCACUCCAGGCCUGCCUCGAUGCCUUUGCCGAGUCAUUCAAGGUAGCAGACUUUUACAGCACAGCAAUCAAUCAAAGAGUGUUUUCAAUCAACUCAACAAGGAUGGCCUCAUUCCCCGAUAUCCUUGUGAUACAUCUCAGGAAAUAUGUCAUUGCUGAUGAUUGGACACCAAAGAAGUUGAAUGUAUUCAUUGAUGCCCCAGACAUUCUGGAUAUUGAACAAUUGAGAGGAACUGGAAAGAAGGACAAUGAAGAACUGUUGCCAGAGGAGGGCAGUGGCGCUGCACCCGCAGCUGCGCCUGUCCCAAGUCAGGAGAUUGUAGAUACAUUGGUGUCCAUGGGCUUCCCCCUGGUCCGUUCACAAAAGGCUGCGUUGGCGACGAACAAUACCGACGCAGAGGCAGCAAUGAGUUGGGCAUUGGAGCAUGGUGAUGACCCUGGCAUCGAUGACCCAAUUCCCGAGCCAAAAAAGACUGCUGCCGCUGCGACACCAGCCGCCCCCGCUGGUCCAAGCAAGGAGGACAUUGAAAUGUUGGAGGCAAUGGGAUUCAAUGCCAAGCAGGCCAAGCUAGCCCUAAGCAACACAAACAACAAUGUCGAGAGAGCUGCCGAUUGGCUAUUCAACCACAUGGAUGACCUGGAUGUACUUGUUGCUCAAAGUGAGAGUGCUGUGGCACCAUCUGGCGCAGGAGCAUCAUCAUCAAAACCCCUGGCUGUUGCUGACAACCUCCUCAACAAGGUCAUCGAUGGCAAAGGCAAGUACAAGCUUAUGGGAUUCAUCACACAUAUUGGCAAUCAUGUACACAUGGGACAUUACGUGUGCGACAUCAACAAGGAUGGUGAGUGGAUCAAGUUCAACGAUCGCACUGUUCAACACUCCUUGAACCCUCCCAAAGAGUUUGGCUACAUUUACUUCUACCAGCGUCUGUAA